GGACUUCAUCAGCCCCCUUACUUGAACAUACACCUUGCCCUCUUGACUUUAAAGGCCGAUCAUGGUUCGGCUGGUGACGGACGACGACAUCGGGCUGAAAGUGCUCCGCGAGGCACCAGCAGAAGCAGCCCAGAUCAUCGACAUUGUUGCAAUCCAUGGCAUCGGCGCCCACCCGGACGAGAGCUGGUGCAAGAACGUCGGCACGCCAGAGAGCGCGCAGUGGGUCAACUGGCUGAACAAGGAUGACAUGCUACCAGCGGUAGCACCAAAUGCGCGUAUAAUGCGAUACGGAUACCAGUCUCAGUGGUUUGGGGAAGGAGCAAUGCGGCAGAAGGCUUCGACGGUAGCACGGCGGUUGCUGCUAGCUUUAAAGCGGAAAAGAGAGGAGUUUCCGUUUCGGCCAUUAAUCUUCAUAGCACACUGCUUCGGCGGGCUGGUCAUGCUUGCGGCGGCGCGGCGGGAAUACCAGGAGGACGAAGUGCAGACAGACGUUUUAAAGAUACUGGAGCUGGGAAACGAGUUCCUUCAUGAGGUGGUCGACCAAUUUGGGAAGACGCGGAUGCGGGCGAACAAGGCCCAGGUUGCAUGCUUCUACGAGCUCAAGGCAAGCAAUGUUGGAAAGAUUGUAGGGAGGGAGGACCGGACGGUAGGUUUGCAAAGGACUGUGCAUCUUACCAAGGUUGACUGUAUUUGCAGAGAUUCGUGGUGA